GAGUAAAACGGGCGCGCGGCACUCGACCGGCCUCAUUCCGUCGCGAUCUGUCCCAGAGGCAGGUGAGUGGCUCUCCCCCGCACGGUGCUCCGGGAACAGCUUCAGACACCGCGCGCUUCUUCAGGAAAGAAAAAAACUUGAAAGCUUGAGAGACGCUAAAGUGGCCGCUAACACACUUCACUGGCAGCACAAGGCAAAGGAACCCUCAAACUAGAGCUGAAGCAGACUAAGAACGGAGAGCUCAGUGUGAUGAAUGAGCACACUUGUCAAACGUAAUAAGCUGUACAAAAGUCCAAAGGAAAGCUAACCAACUAAAACUUGUCAGCAGUCUUGGCAGAGUCCAACUAUUGAUGAGGCAGCAGUAAGAGAAAGCGGUACCAUACGUAACUGAGCAUUAUGGUGAAGGAGGGACCGACGGCCCUGCCGUCACCACCUAGUACACCUGCAGCUCUUCCCAUCCUUAAGGAAUUCCUGAGCCAUAGAGAUCAUGCACAUUCAAAAAAUGAUCAUCCUCAGCAAGAUGAUGAUGCCCAUCUGCAUAUGCCAGAGUAUCUCACCGGCUACCAUAGCCUUAGUGAAAAGAUACAAAGCCGUAUCGAGUCAAAUGACAAGUUCUUUUCACUUGAAUUCUUCCCUCCAAGGACUAAGGGAGGUGCAGUUAAUCUGCUAGCCAGGUUUGACCGGUUGCGUGAAGGCAACCCGCUCUUCUGCGAUGUUACGUGGCACCCAGCUGGCAACCCUGGGGGAGAUACAGAGACUUCAUCUUUAACAAUAGCAGGUGCGGCUCUGAACUACUGUGGGCUGGAGACAAUGCUGCAUAUGACCUGCUGUAGUAUGACCAAGGCGGAAAUCACGAAGCACUUACAGCGAGCUAAGGACAUUGGUAUCCGCAAUAUCCUAGCAUUGAGAGGAGAUACCCCGCAUGUUGAUGAAGAUUGGGUCCCUCCUAAGGAUGGGUUUAGUUAUGCCACAGAUCUAGUCAGGCACAUUAGAAAGGAGUUUGGUGACUAUUUCGUAAUAUGUGUUGCUGGCUACCCCAUGGGUCACCCUGAGGCCACAUCUUAUGAGGAUGACUUAAAGUAUCUGAAACAGAAGGUAGAUGAAGGGGCUAACUUUAUCAUCACACAGCUGUUUUUUAAGGCUCAAACAUUCAUCAAAUUUGUCCGAGAUUGUAAAAGACUAGGCAUAAAUUGCCCCAUCAUUCCAGGCAUAAUGCCUAUACAGAGUUAUGACUCUCUGCGACACAUCGUCAAACUCUCCAAACUUGACGUGCCACAGGACAUUAUGGAUGUUGUGGCUCCUCUAAAAGACAACGAUGAAGCUAUCAGAAAUUAUGGAAUUCAUCAAACGUGUAUGCUUAUAAGGGAGUUGUUUGAUGCAGAAAUGGCACCUGGGGUUCACUUUUAUACUCUUAACAGAGAGGUAGCAACUACAGCCAUUCUGAAGCAGUUGGGGCUCUGGGCGGCAGCCCCUAGACGACCACUGCCCUGGAAAAUGGCUGCCAACCAUAAGAGAAGAGGAGAGGAUGUGCGUCCCAUUUUCUGGGCUUCCCGGCCAAAGGCCUACGUUUACAGAACACAGCAUUGGGACGAGUUCCCUAAUGGAAGAUGGGGCAGUUCUGAGUCUCCGGCUUUUGGUGAACUGAAAGAUUACUAUUUGUUUUACCUUAAGAGCAAAAGCUCCAAGGAGCAGUUGUUAGCUAUGUGGGGAGAAUCUCUGGAGACUGAGCAGGAUGUGUGGGAUGUGUUCCAUGCUUACCUUACUGGCAGCUGUAACAAGACUGGCCGCAAGAUCACUAAGGUGCCAUGGAAUGAUGAUGAGCUAAGUUCCGAGACUUCGUUGCUCAGAGACAAGCUGGCAGACUUCAACAAACGGGGAGUCCUCACCAUCAACUCUCAGCCAAAUGUGAAUGGAGCAAGCAGUGAGGACCCAGUUGUUGGAUGGGGGAUGCCAGGUGGCUACGUGUACCAAAAAGCCUAUUUGGAGUUUUUUACUUGUCGUGAGAAUGUUGAUGCUCUCACGAACGUUCUACCUCUCUUCCCUGGGAUUAACUACCACAUUUUAAAUCGAGAUGGCUCGGCCGAUUUCAGUAACUGCCACAAGCAUCGACCAAUUGCUGUAACAUGGGGAGCAUUCCCAGGCACUGAGAUUAUACAGCCAACUAUAGUUGAUCCCCUCAGCUUUAGGGCAUGGAAGGAGGAAGCAUUUGGUCUAUGGGAAGAACAAUGGGGCAAGUUGUAUCCCGAGGGAAGCCGAUCUCAAGAGAUAAUCCAGCACAUUACCAACAAUUAUUACCUCGUGAAUCUAGUUGAUAAUGAUUACCCAAAGGAAUCCUGCCUGUGGGAUGUAUUAGAGGCUAUGUUCACAUGGAGAAAACUCCAAGAAGAGAAAUUAGAAAAGCAGGAGGAGGCUGCCAACUCAUGUGCUUGUGCUCAGUGAAUCAAGAGCAUGGAAUAAUUUAAUGUAAUAUUUGGCUUUUUAAUGUGAGUGUCGACAAAGAAAAUUGUGUGCGUUUAGAAUUUCCCCUUGAAGUGCAUAAUUACUGAAAGUAGAAUUUCUCCUGAAAACUAAUUUAAUUACUGAAGUUGAAGCCAGUGUUUACAUUAUAAACGAGUAAAACUAUGAAACUGGCUUUGAUUUUCUAUAUAUGUACAGUAGUUUUCUCUUUUUAAUUUUUGUUGUGGAAAAUUAUUUCACAUGGUUAAAGAAAAGAAAGGUAUCUGAUAAUUUAAGAUAAAAGUGAGAAGCAUGUAGAGUGGGUCAUGGACGAGGUAUACUGUAUUACUGUACUACCUAAAAGGCUGAUCCAGACUUUAAAUAUUUUUUACUUAUUUAUUGAACAAUAAAGGUACUAUCUCAAA